AUGAUAUCAGAAGAACAAGUGGAACACAUACUGGAGGCCCAGCAGGCCAGCUUCAUGGCACUACUCGCGGAAAUGCAGCGGAAUUGGGGACCGGCAUCCAGAGUGAAGAAGAGGAGACAGAUCGAACAACGGAUCACCGAGUUCGUUUACAAUCCAGAGGGAGGCGUGAAUUUCGAAGCCUGGUUUCGAAAGUACGAAGGACUGUUCGAAGAGGAGGGAGCAGAACUGGACGACAAGACGAAGGUGAAAAUCAUUCUGCUAAAACUGGCCCAGUGGGAACACGGGCGGUACGUAAAGUUCAUUCUGCCUCAGAAACCAUGA